AUGACCACCACCACCACCAUCACCAAACCGACGAACGCGAGGCUUCUUAUUCUCCAUUGCGUUCUCGUCUUGCUUCGAUUCGUUUCUGCAAUGUUCGGCACGGGAUACGUCCACCCAGACGAACACUUUCAAUCCAUCCAACCGGCAUUUAGAGACGUGUUUUCAUCAGGCGGAGAAACAGACGAAACACAAUCGACGACGACGGUGAAAGAGUUGACGCACAUUCCGUGGGAGUUUACGGCGAAAAUGCCGGUGAGAAGUUCCAUCGCGCACGCUUUGAUGGCUUCGGUGCCGUAUCGGAUUUGGCUCAAGAUUUCCCCUACGAGGAGCAGCACUUGGUGGCUGUUCGCCGCGCCGAGAGCGAUGAUGACGUUAUAUUCUUUAAUCGUCGAUUUUGUCGCGAUAACGAUUGUAAAGCGAAUCUCUGAUAAGGCGCAGAACACAUCGUCGCCCGUGCGAUACUUGCCACUCUUACUGGCGACGUCUUGGCCGAUGUUUGUGAUACACGCGAGACCGUUUUCAAACGGGAUGGAAGCGACCAUAUUCGCGAUGGUUUUGAUCGGGAUGAUGGAUUCAACGACGACAUAUAGAAGUAACGAGAAGAAAACGGCGAAGGAGGGAUUGAAAGAGGAUGUUGUGUUGGUUCUUAGAGGCGCAUUAAUCGCCGUGGGAAUCUUCGUACGGUUUACGUUUGCGAUUUUUGUCGCGCCUUUGAUGGUAUUCGAGUCCUUUCGAUUUUUGCAAACGCCAAAGCUGAUGAUGGAGUUUCUGAGACGAAGUUCGAUUGUGGCGGUUUCGUUUGCGGUGGUUGCAUCUGCAAUAGCUAAAUUGGACGCGAAAUAUUACGAGAGAACAGAAGAGGAGUUUUAUUUCGCGCCGUGGCACGCGUUGGUGUACAACGUGAAAUUCGCGGGCAAACAUCACGGCGAGCACUUUAGAUUGACGCAUUUGAUGUUGAAUGGUUUCGUUCUCUUUGGACCGGCGUAUGCGCUGUGCGUGUGGAAAUUGAUUAAAGAAACGGUGUUGAAGAAAAAGAACACGAAGGAGAACGGUUCGGAGACGAGUCAAAGUUUGCGACCAAUCUUGUAUUCGUCUUUCGCUUCCAUCGCCGUUUUGUCGAUUUCUUCGCACCAAGAGGCUAGAUUUUUACUUCCAGCGAUGCUUCCCGUGCUUACAGUUGCGAGCUAUGAGCUUGCUCGAUUAUACGAGAACGAAACUCCUGUUGCGGUUAAGGAUAAGGACACGAAUAAAACGAGCGGUGGAGUGCGCGUGAAAUUCUCUCUCUUCUGGCUCGUUUGGGUGACUUUCAACGCGUCGGUGACCAUCUUUUACGGGUUUGCGCACCAAGCUCGAAUAUCGUCGGUAGUUCUAGAUCUUCCCUCAUUUGCCACCGAUCCCGAUGGUGUGGGAUCCGGAAACCGCGGUGCUAAAGCGUUGGUUGCGUUUUGGCGCACGUAUCCUCCGCCAAACGCUUUCCUGGGAAAAGAUGCGAUGAAAUCAAUCGCCAUCAAAGAACACUCGCAAGAAAGCGCCGAACGUUUUACUCAUUCAAUGAAAGUCAUCGAUAAAAACAACAAAUCCAAAAAGGAAUACGAUUACUAUUACGUCGUCGCCCCGGAAACGAGCAUUCAAUCCUUAAAAGACGCGUUUGGUGAGGAAGCGCUCCUGACGAUGAAAAAACAAUAUCUCGGUCACUUCAACGUGGAAGAACUCGCUCGCGAAAUUAUAAGGCAACGAGGCUUACCAUUCUCGCUCGACGCGUACACGUUAUCGGUGUAUGAGAUUGAAGUGUUGAGUAGUAACGAUGCGCAAGAUCGAUGA